AUGUGCGGGUAUAGGGAGCAGACUCGGCUGAGCUGUGUCCUGUCCUCGCUGUUCUCUCGAUGUUGUAUGUGUCCAACUCCAGGAGCAUCAGCGUGUCGGUGGCCCAGCCCCCCUGCCUGCCCGCCCGGCCGCCUGCAGCCUAGACCCGGGGUGACAGGGGGCGGGGGACGGGCGGCUGAUGAAGGCAGAAAGUCUCUGGCAGUUGAUGUCGAUGUGAAUCCAGCAGCAGCUACAAAAAGGAUGCUGGAGCAGAGCCCAGACUCCCCAGAACCUGAACCUGAACCAGAAUGUGGACCUGAACCCAGCUGUGUGUCCAUGAAGAGUGAUCGGUCUAGGAAUGAACCGGAGAACUUUAAAGUUGGACAACCUGGAUCUGGACCUGAACCCAGCUGUGUGUCCAUGAAGAGUGAUCGGUCUAGGAAUGAACCGGAGAACUUUAAAGUUGGACAACCUGGAUCUGGACCUGAACCCAGCUGUGUGUCCAUGAAGAGUGAUCGGUCUAUGAAGGAACCGAUAUACUUUAAAGUUGGACAACCUGGAUCUGGACCUGAACCCAGCUGUGUGUCCAUAAAGAGGGACCGGUCUGUGGGUAACUCUCUGAAUAUUAAAGUUGGACAACUUGCUGAUGAAAGAUUCCUCCACAGAGUGGACCAGGAGAGCUCAGAGGUUCCCGGUGCUCACUCUGCCCAGCAGCAUCAAACACAGCUGGACUCCAUAUUUGUGCUGCUGGAGGAGAACAUCGUCACUUUUGUGAAGAAUGAGCUGAAGAAGAUCCAGAAGGUUCUGAGUCCAGAUUACCCAGAAUGCUUAGAGAGUCAGAGAGAGAAUGAGGAGGUGUUGGAGGGUGAGGAUGAGGAGCAGAGGAGGAGAAGCAGAGAGGAGUUUCUAAAGAUCACACUUCACUUCCUGAGAAGAAUGAAGCAGGAGGAGCUGGCUGACUGUCUGCAGAGCAUAACUUGUGCUGCAGUGUGCCGACGUAGCCUGAAGUCUAACCUGAAGAAGAAGUUCCAGUGUGUGUUUGAGGGGAUCUCUAAAGCAGGAAACCCAACCCUUCUGAAUCAGAUCUACACAGAGCUCUACAUCACAGAGGGGGGGACUGCAGAGGUCAAUGAUGAACAUGAAGUCAGACAGAUUGAAACAGCAUCCAGGAAACCAUACAGACUAGAAACAACAAUCAGACAAGAGGACAUCUUUAAAGCCUCACCUGGAAGAGAUGAACCAAUCAGAAUAGUGCUAACAAAGGGAGUUGCUGGCAUUGGGAAAACAGUCUUAACACAGAAGUUCACUCUGGACUGGGCUGAAGACAAAACCAACCAGGACAUCCACUUCACAUUUCCAUUCACUUUCAGAGAGCUGAAUGUGCUGAAAGAGAAAAAGUUCAGCUUGGUAGAACUUGUUCAUCACUUCUUUCCUACAACCAAAGCAGCAGGAAUCUGCAGGUUUGAAGAGUUCCACGUUGUGUUAAUCUUUGACGGUCUGGAUGAGUGUCGACUUCCUCUGGACUUCCACAACACUGAGGUCCUGACUGAUGUCACAGAGUCCACCUCAGUGGAUGUACUGCUGACAAACCUCAUCAGGGGGAAACUGCUUCCCUCUGCUCGCCUCUGGAUAACCACACGACCUGCAGCAGCCAAUCAGAUCCCUGCUGACUAUGUUCACAUGGUGACAGAGGUCAGAGGGUUCACUGACCCACAGAAGGAGGAGUACUUCAUGAAGAGAUUCAGAGAUGAGGAGCAGGCCGGCAGAGUCAUCUCCCACAUCAAGUCAUCACGAAGCCUCCACAUCAUGUGCCACAUCCCAGUCUUCUGCUGGAUCUCUGCUACAGUUCUGAAUCUGUUGAAAACCAGAGAGGUAGGAGAGCUGCCCAAGACCCUGACUGAGAUGUACAUCCACUUCCUGGUGGUUCAGUCCAAAGUGAAGAACAUCAAGUAUGAUGGAGGAGCUGAGACAGAUCCACAGUGGAGUCCAGAGAGCAGGAAGAUGAUUGAGUCUCUUGGAAAACUGGCUUUUGAUCAGCUGCAGAAAGGAAACCUGAUCUUCUAUGACUCAGACCUGACAGAGUGUGGCUUCGAUAUCAGAGCAGCCUCAGUGUACUCAGGAGUGUUCACACAGGUCUUUAGAGAGGAGAGAGGACUGUACCAGGACAGGGUGUUCUGCUUCGUCCAUCUGAGUGUUCAGGAGUUUCUGGCUGCUCUUCAUGUCCAUCUGACCUUUAACAACCCCGGAGUCAAUCUGAUAGCAGAAGAACAAACAACCUCCCGACGGUCCAAAGUCUUCAGAGACAAACCUCAACUAAAACAUCUCUACCAGAGUGCUGUGGACAAGGCCUUACAGAGUCCAAAUGGACACCUGGACUUGUUCCUUCGCUUCCUCCUGGGUCUUUCUCUGCAGACCAAUCAGACUCUCCUCAAAGGCCUGCUGACACAGACAGGAAGUAGCUCAAAGACCCACCAGGAAACAGUCAAAUACAUCAAGAAGAAGAUCAGUGAAAAUCUUUCUCCAGAGAGAAGCAUCAACCUGUUUCACUGUCUGAAUGAACUGAAUGAUCGUUCUCUAGUGGAGGAGAUCCAACAGUCCCUUAGAUCAGGAUGUCUCUCCACAGAUAAACUGUCUCCUGCUCAGUGGUCAGCUCUGGUCUUCAUCUUACUGUCAUCACAAACAGAUCUGGAUGUGUUUGACCUGAAAAAAUACUCUGCUUCAGAAGAGGCUCUUCUGAGACUGCUGCCAGUGGUCAAAGCCUCCAACAAAGCUCUGCUGAGUGGCUGUGAGCUCUCAGAGAGAAGCUGUGAAGCUCUGUCCUCAGUCCUCAGCUCCCAGUCCUCUAGUCUGAGAGACCUGGACUUGAGUAACAACGACCUACAGGAUUCAGGAGUGAAGCGUUUUUCUGCAGGACUGAAGAGUCCACACUGCAGACUGGAAACUCUCAGUCUGUCAGGCUGUAUGAUCUCAGAGGAAGGCUGUGCUUCUCUGGCCUCAGCUCUGGGCUCCAACCCCUCCCAUCUGAGAGAGCUGGACCUGAGCUACAAUCAUCCAGGAGACCCAGGAGAGAAGAUUAUGUCUGCUGGACUGAAGGAUCCACACUGGAGACUGGACAAUCUCAGGGUGGACCAUGGUGGACUGCAGAGACUGAGACCUGGUGUGAGGAAGUAUCUCUGUGAACUGGAACUGGACACAAACACAGUACACAGAUUCCUCAAACUGUCUGACAACAACAGGAAGGUGACAUGUGUACGGAAGAAUCAGCCAUAUCCUGAUCAUCCAGACAGAUUUGACUGGUGGUCUCAGCUGCUGUGUAGAACUGGUCUGACUGGUCGCUGUUACUGGGAGGUGGAAUGGAGAGGAGAUGUUUUUAUAUCAGUGAGUUACAGAAGUAUCAGCAGGCGAGGAAGCAGUACAGACUGUAUAUUUGGAGGGAAUGAUCAGUCCUGGAGACUGAGGUGCUCUUAUGAUGGUCAUUACUCUGUCUUGCACCAUAACAGAAGAACAACAGUCCUCUCCUCCUCCUCCUCCUCCUCCUCCUCCUCCUCCUCCUCCUCCUCCUCCUUUGUCUCCUCCUUCUCCUCCUCCUCCUCUGGUAGAGUAGCAGUGUAUGUGGACUGUCCUGCUGGCACUCUGUCCUUCUACAGAGUCUCCUCUGACACACUGAUCCACCUCUACACCUUCAACACCACAUUCACUGAACCUCUUUAUCCUGGGUUUGGGUUUGGGUUUUGUUCAUUUGGUUCCUCAGUGUCUCUGUGUCCUCUGCAGGUCUGAGAGUCUCUCCUGUGGACAGAAACUCUGCUGACUUUAAUCAAAGUUCAGUCUGUUCACUAUCACUCACACUCUGCACUGUGAAGCAGAUCUGUCUCAGACCCAAACACAAAACAUUAAUUUGUCUGAUUGUCUGAUAGAAACACGUCCUGAUGUGGUAACAUCUGCCUCCUCCCUGGUGCUGUGAUUAUAUGUGACUCUAUGGGACACACUGUAUAAAGUUGAAAGAAUGUAAAGUCACUCAAUGUUUUGGUGUAUCUGUG